GGCCUUGGCUAUGGAGGCCCUUCAUCGGCAGGUUUUACCAUUCCUAUUGAGGCGCCUGAAAGAAGAUGUACUGCAAGAUCUUCCACCUAAGAUCAUUCAAGAUUACUACUGUGAACUGAGUCCGCUACAGGUUCAGUUAUAUGAAGACUUCGCCAAGUCUCAGGUCAAGAAAGGUUUGGAGGAAACAGUUUCUCACAUCGAUGAAGAAAACAAAAACGAGAAAGCAAGAAAAGAUAAUCCUCACGUUUUCCAGGCAGCUGCUGAUGGAUUGUGGGAUAGGAGUUAGCUCCUCAUCCUCAGGCUCCAGUGAUCUGUCUUCAGACCCUGUAGUGUCCCAACACCGGGUGCUGUUGUUCUGUCAGUUAAAGAGCAUGUUAGACAUCGUUGAA